UACGGCCUCAGCCUUAUGGGUGUUGCCUAUGUAUUUGUGUGUGUAUGUUUGUCUUGUAAUCUAAUUAAUGUCUCUUCUUAAGUGUAGGCUCCUCCCUUGCGCACCUGUGGUUCGUUGCUCUGAUGGCUCGUGCUGAGCAUAUAAGCGGUGUGUGCAGGAGUGUGAGACACGCAGCGGUGAAACUCCGUGCGCGUCAUGACCAUCUAAACAUCCGAUCAGCUUCAACUCAAGCCUGUGUUCUUUGUAUUGUGCCACUGUUCUGUUUCAUUUUUGUUAGUGUUUGGUAUGUCUAGUGUAGAGAAAAUGUGAGUUUUCUGUGGGAAGAGUGAGAACAUGAGAGACGUGAGAUUGUGCAGUCAUUUAUUAGUAUAAAUAAAUGUUUUAAACUGCUUUUUGCCUUGCGUCUCCUUUUAUGUUAUUGAACCCUUACAAAACGAGCAUUCUUAACAACAGGGUUCGUAACAUAAUUGGGGGCUCGUCCGGGAUAUGUGUUUGAGUAGUGGCAAUUUGAUUGAUCUAAUUUAAUUCAGGUGACCAAUAUCCUCUGGUUAGUUAGAGUAAGCCAGCAGGGCUGUGCUUAGCGCCAGUUCUGACGACGGUUUACUGUUUAUUGUUUUGCUUUAUUAUUUUAGUUUGUUGUUUUUGGAGGUAUUCCGGGGGAGAGAGCGAUCUCUUAAUCGGUACCCUCUGAAGACUAGGUAGGGUAUUAUUUAGAUUAAUGGCUAGGUAGGUAGGUCCAGAGGGUGUUGGAUUAUCCUGAUUGCUUUUGCGUGUUUUUCUUUUUGUUUUUUUUAUAUAAAGAUGGCAACGUUUGAGCUCAGUCAAUUUUUAGAUCAACCUAGUGUUGAAGCUUUAGAGACAUGUCGAAAAAAUGAUUUGUUUCUUAUUGCUCAACAUUAUGAGAUUUCUAUCUCUAGAACACUUCGUAAGGAAGAGUUGAAAGCUUGUUUAGUGACUAGUCUGAUUAAUAAAGGGGUAUUUUCUUCUAUUGAGGCUGUUCCUACUGCAGCAGCGGAGUUGGCGAUACCAGCUGCAGGAAGUCCGCCCUUACGUGUAACGAGUGGUGUUCCAGUUACUCCAGUGAUCGGGGUUGGUGCGGAGGUACGUCCGUCUUUUUCACUACCUAAAUUUGAACCUUUGUCGCUGUCCGCAGAAUCAUCAGGUUUGCGUACAGAUUCCCGUUUAAAGCUACGUUUAGCACGGUUACAGUUAGAAACUCAGGAUAAAGCUCAGGCGAGACAAGAUGAUUUGAAGCAUCAGAUUGAAAUGUACCGAAUUGACGCUGAUAUGAAGGUGCGAUUGCGGGAGUUGGAGUUGCAGGCUGCUUCAGAGGUACCUAAAAAAUCUAUCGUCAAAACAUCUCGGUUGGAGGUUAAUUCUGAGACAUCUGCUGGUCAAUCCACUUCGGGUGUUAAUUCUGUGCCGUCUGAUGUGGGAUCUGAGUCUGUAGCGCCGUUUUCGACACAUUUUGAUGUGGCUAAAAAUAUAUCUAUUGUUCCACCCUUCCGUGAGAGGGAAGUUGAGGCAUAUUUUCAAGCUUUUGAACGAAUUGCUGUUGCCUUAAGAUGGCCAAACGAGGUUUGGGCACUAAUGUUACAAUGUAAACUCUCAGGUAAGGCACAAGAGGUGUGUGCAUCUCUCUCGGUAGAUGAAAGCGUACAGUACGAUGCCGUGAAAACUGCAAUAUUACGAGCGUAUGAAUUAGUUCCUGAGCACUAUCGACAACGAUUUCGCACUACGAACAAAGGCAUGUCUCAAACGUAUGUCGAGUUCGCUCGCGAAAAGGGCAUUUUAUUUGAUCGGUGGAUCAAGGCGUGCAGGGUAACUGACUAUAAUUCUUUGCGAGAACUUUUGCUGAUUGAAGAAUUUAAGAACUGUGUUCCCGAACGUACUGCGUUGUAUUUAAAUGAACAGAAAGUCAGCACUGUACAACAGGCUGCCGUGUUAGCUGACGAGUACGCAUUAAUGCAUAAAACUGUGUUUGCAAAGCGUCCGUCUGACUGUGGGGGUUCCUCAUUAAAGGAAAAUGAAAAUCUUUCCGACUCACGAAAUAAAUGGGUUCCAACCAGUCCGAAGUUUAACCGAGAGUGCAGUUAUUGUCACAAGACGGGACAUGUUAUAGCUGAGUGUCGUACUUUAAAACGCAAACAAGAGCGACAAGAUUCUUCAUCUUUCCAGCCUCGAGGUUCAGUAUUAGUGAAAACUGUGUCCCCAUCAUCCGUCAGUUCUCUUGUGACACCUGACAGCUGUUUUCAGCCUUUCGUAUUCGAUGGAUUUGUUUCGUUAAAUGAGAAGGUCGAAAGCCAAAAACCUGUAAGAAUUCUCCGUGACACAGGAGGAUCUCAGUCCUUUAUAUUAUCAGAUAUUCUGGGUUUUUGUGCUAAUUCGGCAUGUAAUACCAGUGCGAUUGUGCAGGGUAUUGAAAUGGGUUUUGUGCCUGUUCCUCUCCAUCGAGUAUAUGUUUCUUCUGAUUUGGCAUCUGGGUGCUUUGAGGUUGCAGUUCGUCCUUCUUUACCGGUGAAAGGUGUGGAUUUUAUCAUGGGAAAUGACAUAGCUGGAGGUAAGGUAAUGCCGGUAGUACAAGUUGUUGAUGUCCCAUGCAAUGAUUCGCAGGCUGAUGCACUUGGUAAAAAUUUGCCGAAUGUGUUUAGUGCUGUUGUAACGCGAGCACAGGCGAAACAGGACAUUCACGAAAGUAAUACUCUUUGUGAUUCUGUCUUUUCACAGAUUUUGAAAACUGAUGUUCUUCCCGACUCUCCUGACUCGACUAAAACGACUUUAAAGGCAUCUGAUGGCUUUGAUCUUAGUUUGAUCUCUGAUUUGCCCAUCUCGCGUGAAAUUCUGAUCGAAGCUCAGCGAAAUGAUUUAUCAUUAGAAAAAUGUCGUGCGAGUGUUGAAAAUGACAAAAAGUCGCUGCGUAAUCACCAGUUCUACUGGAACGAUGAUGUGCUCAUGCGUAAAUGGAGUAGAUCUUUAAAUUCUGAGCAGCGAGACGAUUGGAAUGCGGUGCAUCAAAUUGUGGUACCUUCAAAAUUUCGAUCACAUGUUUUAAGUCUGGCUCAUGACCAUCUUUGGUCUGGACACCUAGGGAUAACUAAGACCUAUAACCGGGUGCUCCAGCAUUUUUUUUGGCCAGGGUUAAAGUCUGAUGUUGUGACACACUGUAAGACGUGUUACAUUUGUCAGGUUAGUGGAAAACCUAAUCAGAUUGUACCACCUGCUCCUCUGUGUCCUAUUCCUGCCGUUGGAGAACCAUUCGAGCGCGUUCUAGUUGACUGUGUGGGUCCACUUCCUCGGGCUAAGUCUGGUUGUCAAUAUUUGUUGACAAUCAUGUGCGCGGCUACCCGGUUUCCAGAAGCCAUUCCGUUACGCAACAUAACGGCUAAGACAGUAACUAAAGCCUUAACUAAAUUCUUUACAACAUUCGGUUUGCCGAAAACUGUCCAAACUGAUCAGGGUUCGAAUUUUGUGUCUCGUAUCUUCCGUGCCUCGUUAAAGGCUCUUGGCGUUUCUCACGUAGUAUCAAGCGCCUAUCAUCCCGAGUCGCAAGGUGCUUUAGAGAGGUGGCACCAAACAUUAAAAUCUGCACUGAGAAAGUACUGUACAGAGACUGGGAAUGAGUGGGACGAUGGAGUUCCUUUGGUGUUAUUCGCGGUACGUGAGGCGCGGCAGGACUCGCUUGGGUUUAGCCCGUCAGAGCUUGUGUUUGGACAUAAUGUCCGUGGUCCUUUGAAAAUGUUAAAGGAAGAAUUUCUCGGUAACAGUUCGUCUGUGAAGACCAACGUCCUUGAUUUUGUAUCACGUACUCGCGAACGUUUGCACAAUGCUUGUGCUGUGGCGAAGGAAGCACUUUCUCUGUCACAAACGAAAAUGAAAAAACAUUUUGAUAGGAAAGCAGUUAUGCGUAAUUUUUUGCCAGGCGAAAAAGUUUUGGUGUUGCUUCCUAUUCCUGGAUCUUCUCUCUCUGCGCGUUUCUCUGGUCCUUACGUGAUAAAAAGUAAGUGGAAUGAAACUGAUUAUAUCUUACACACGCCAGAACGGAGGCGAAAAACUCGUUUAUGUCACAUAAACAUGUUGAAACCAUAUUUUUGUGUCGAACCAAAAGAGAACCCUGAGAAUUUGGUUAGUGAAUCGGUGACUAAAGGAAAUACUGAGCGCGUUUCAUUGUUGGCUUAUGCUUUGCCUGUCGAUACUGCGGACGAUGGGUUGAAUGUAUCCAUGGAAGCUUUAGGAGGAGGAUGUUUUGAAAACUCUAAGAUUUUAUCUUUGCUUCCUGAGCAACUAUCCUAUCUAUCGCCUGAACAGCGAGAGGACGUAAUGAAGUUGAUAGACAGUUUCCCGUGUUUGUUCAAUGACGUUCCUCCGGGUACUAAUGUCAUUCAGCAUGACAUUGAGGUCGGUAGCGCAUUACCGAUCAAGCAACACGCUUAUCGUUGCCCAAUGAGUCUGAGAGAAGCCAUGAAAAGUGAGGUUAAGUAUUUAUUGCAGAAUGGUUUCGCUGUCCCGAGUAAUAGUCCAUGGAGCUCACCGUGUGUUCUGGUACCGAAGGCUGAUGGGUCUUUACGUUUCUGCACUGAUUUUAGAAAGGGAAGCAGGUGGGAAACGGUAAGGUACGGCCAUUGGACGGAAAAGUGACUGCUGUCCUCAGUUACCCAGUGCCUACUACGAGGAGAGAACUACGUAGAUUCCUGGGGAUGGUUGGGUACUACCGGUGUUUUUGCAAAAAUUUCUCGAGUGUGGUUGCUCCUUUAACGAAGUUGUGUAGUCCUAAAGUUUGUUUUGACUGGACUAAUGAGUGCCAGCAGGCAUUUCUUUCUGCUAAAUCUCUUCUUUGUAGUGCACCUGUGCUGUCUGCUCCAGAUGUGACUCGUCCAUUCCAGCUUGAGGUCGACGCUAGUGCGGUUGGAGUGGGAGCUGUCUUGCUGCAGGAGGGUGCUGAUGAAAUAGGCCACCCCGUAUCGUACUUUUCAGCUAAGUUUAACAGUCAUCAGUUGAAUUAUUCAACGAUUGAAAAAGAAACUUUAGCUAUGUUGUUAGCCUUACAACAUUUUAAUGUUUAUGUGGGGUCUAGUUCUUCUCCGAUCGUUGUUUAUACGGAUCACAAUCCGCUGGUUUUUCUGGGUAAAAUGUACAACCAUAAUCAACGAUUGAUGCGUUGGGCUUUAAUGGUCCAGCCGUAUCAUUUAGAGAUCCGUCAUAAAAAAGGAUCUGAUAACGUGGUAGCAGAUGCGUUGUCUCGUGGAUUGAGUUAAGCUCUGGUUCUAUGCAGAAUCAGUUUUCUUUUCCCCUUCUAAGGAGGGAAAGAAGAGGAAAAAAAAAGUCUGAUUCUUCCUUUAGGGGGAGAAGUGUUACGGCCUCAGCCUUAUGGGUGUUGCCUAUGUAUUUGUGUGUGUAUGUUUGUCUUGUAAUCUAAUUAAUGUCUCUUCUUAAGUGUAGGCUCCUCCCUUGCGCACCUGUGGUUCGUUGCUCUGAUGGCUCGUGCUGAGCAUAUAAGCGGUGUGUGCAGGAGUGUGAGACACGCAGCGGUGAAACUCCGUGCGCGUCAUGACCAUCUAAACAUCCGAUCAGCUUCAACUCAAGCCUGUGUUCUUUGUAUUGUGCCACUGUUCUGUUUCAUUUUUGUUAGUGUUUGGUAUGUCUAGUGUAGAGAAAAUGUGAGUUUUCUGUGGGAAGAGUGAGAACAUGAGAGACGUGAGAUUGUGCAGUCAUUUAUUAGUAUAAAUAAAUGUUUUAAACUGC